AAAAAACUAAUCAAGACCCUCCUCUGUCUCUGCCGGAACUCGGGUAGAAAGGGGAAAAAAAAUCAAACAACGAAGAAAGAAAGAAAAGAAAAAGAAUGGCCACCGUCUCAACACAAGCUUCUGCUGCCGUUUUCCGGCCAUGUGCUUAUAAGUCGAGGUUUCUCGCUGGGGCUCCAAGUAAACUGAACAGAGAAUUGUCCAUCAAACCAAUGGCAUCGUCAUCUCCUAGUUUCAAGGUUGAAGCCAAGAAAGGAGAGUGGUUACCUGGUUUGCCUUCUCCAUCUUAUCUAAAUGGCAGCCUUCCAGGUGAUAAUGGGUUUGACCCCCUCGGGCUUGCUGAGGACCCUGAGAACUUGAGAUGGUUCGUUCAGGCUGAGCUUGUGAAUGGUCGGUGGGCCAUGUUGGGCGUUGCAGGAAUGCUACUGCCAGAAGUUUUCACAAAGAUUGGAAUCAUCAAUGCUCCUCAGUGGUAUGAUGCUGGCAAAGCAGAAUACUUUGCGUCUUCAUCAACCCUCUUUGUGAUCGAGUUCAUACUGUUCCAUUACGUCGAGAUAAGAAGGUGGCAAGAUAUUAAGAACCCAGGAUGCGUUAACCAAGAUCCCAUCUUCAAACAAUACAGCUUGCCUCCAAAUGAAUGCGGGUACCCCGGCGGCAUCUUCAACCCCCUCAACUUUGCACCCACAAUUGAGGCCAAAGAGAAAGAGCUUGCCAAUGGGAGAUUGGCAAUGUUGGCAUUCUUAGGAUUUGUGAUUCAGCACAAUGUGACCGGCAAAGGACCGUUCGACAACCUCUUGCAGCACAUCUCAGACCCGUGGCACAACACCAUCGUCCAAACAUUUAGCGGGCAGUAGUUGCUUAGAUCAUCCCACUAAACUUGCACUUGUCUUUUUGUGCAACAAGACCAUACAAGUGAGAUCCGUCCAGCAGACUCCUCAAAACAUAACUUUUGCUACUGGUCGAAUGAACGAUGUGGUUGGGAAGGUGGCCCAAAGGAAAGUUAGCUAAAAUUCAAUUUUUUCUUGCUUAAAAUUAAUUUUUUUAUAUUCUCGGAUCGUUUUGAGGUACUAAUAUAAAAAAAUAUUAUUUUGAUGUAUUUCUAAAUAAAAAAUAAUUUAAAAAGUAACAUUUACCACA